AUGGCGGAGCAUCACCUGGUUUCCGACAACAAACACAAAUCCUCACUGAACUCCGGAGCGUCGUACUCGGGUAACGGGAGCAGCAACACGGCGGUGGCGGAGAGAGAUUGCAGCGCCGCGGCGGCGGGAGGAGGAGGUCUGUCCGGCGGCCUGUCGCAGCCGGCUGGGUGGCAGUCCCUGCUGUCUUUCACCAUCCUGUUCCUGGCCGGGGUGGCCGGGUUCAGCGCCAGGCUCUUCGCUGUCAUCCGCUUCGAAAGCAUCAUCCACGAGUUUGACCCCUGGUUCAACUACAGGGCUACUCACCAUCUCACUACCAAUGGCUUCUAUGAGUUCCUCAACUGGUUUGACGAAAGAGCCUGGUACCCUCUGGGUAGGAUAGUAGGAGGCACGGUGUACCCAGGCCUGAUGGUCACGGCGGGCCUCGUCCAUUAUAUUCUCAACCUGCUGCACAUCACCGUCCACAUCCGGGAUGUUUGUGUGUUCCUGGCUCCGGUGUUCAGCAGCCUGACCUCCAUCUCCACCUUCCUGCUCACCAAGGAGAUUUGGAACCAGGGGGCAGGGCUGCUGGCAGCCUGCUUCAUCGCCAUCGUCCCCGGCUACAUUUCCCGCUCUGUGGCUGGCUCCUUUGACAAUGAAGGCAUCGCCAUCUUUGCCCUGCAGUUCACCUACUACCUCUGGGUGAAGUCGGUGAAGACGGGAUCUGUUUUCUGGACCAUUGGAUGCUGCCUCUCCUAUUUUUACAUGGUGUCUGCUUGGGGUGGAUACGUGUUCAUCAUCAACUUGAUUCCACUUCAUGUAUUUGUCCUGCUGCUCAUGCAGCGCUACAGUAGGAGAGUCUACAUAGCCUACAGCACCUUCUACAUCGUCGGCCUGGUGUUGUCCAUGCAGAUCCCUUUUGUGGGCUUUCAGCCAAUCAGGACCAGUGAACACAUGGCCGCCGCAGGAGUGUUCGUGCUGCUGCAGGUCUACGCCUUCCUGCAGUACCUGAAGGACAGACUCACCAAGCAGGAGUUCCAGACUAUGUUCUUCCUGGGAGUCUCUCUGGCUGCUGGAGUGGUUUUUUUCUGCGUCAUUUACCUGACAUACACAGGUUACAUUGCUCCAUGGAGUGGGCGCUUCUACUCCCUGUGGGAUACUGGCUAUGCCAAGAUCCACAUUCCCAUCAUAGCAUCAGUAUCAGAGCAUCAGCCCACCACCUGGGUGUCCUUCUUCUUUGACCUUCACAUCCUCGUCUGCACCUUCCCAGCAGGCCUCUGGUUCUGCAUUAAGAACAUAAAUGAUGAACGUGUUUUUGUGGCCCUGUAUGCCAUCAGUGCUGUUUACUUUGCUGGCGUCAUGGUGCGUUUGAUGCUCACGCUGACUCCGGUGGUGUGUAUGCUGUCGGCGGUGGCUUUCUCCAGCGUCUUUGAACACUACCUAGGAGACGACAUGAAGAGGCAGAGCCCUCCAGUAGAGGACAGCAGCGACGAGGACGACAGGAAGAACGCUGGAAACCUCUACGACAAGGCCGGUAAGGUGCGUAAACAUGUGUCGGAGCAGGAGAAGGCUGAGGAGGGCCUGGGCCCCAACAUCAAGUCCAUCGUCACCAUGUUGAUGCUGAUGCUGCUCAUGAUGUUUGCGGUCCACUGCACCUGGGUCACCAGCAACGCCUACUCCAGCCCCAGUGUAGUACUCGCAUCAUACAAUAACGAUGGGUCCCGUAACAUCCUCGAUGACUUCAGAGAGGCGUACUACUGGCUGAGGCAGAACACAGACGAGCACGCCCGAGUGAUGUCAUGGUGGGACUACGGCUACCAGAUAGCAGGCAUGGCCAACAGAACCACGCUGGUGGACAACAACACCUGGAACAACAGUCACAUAGCACUGGUGGGGAAAGCCAUGUCAUCUAAUGAGACGGCAGCCUAUGAAAUCAUGAGGUCACUGGAUGUUGACUAUGUCCUGAUCAUCUUCGGGGGGGUGAUUGGCUACUCGGGGGACGACAUCAACAAGUUCCUGUGGAUGGUGCGCAUCGCAGAGGGGGAGCACCCCAGGGACAUCAGGGAGAGUGACUACUUCACCCCCCAGGGAGAGUUCAGAGUGGACAAAGCUGGUUCCCCAACGCUGCUCAACUGCCUCAUGUACAAAAUGUCGUACUACCGAUUUGGAGAAAUGCAGCUGGACUUCCGGACGCCGCCGGGCUUUGAUCGAACUCGCAAUGCUGAGAUCGGAAACAAGGACAUCACGCUGAAGCACCUGGAGGAAGCCUUCACCUCAGAGCACUGGCUGGUCAGGAUUUAUAAAGUGAAGAAGCUGGAGAACAGAGACCGUGUGGAACACCAGCUGAGAGGCACCGACACCAAGCAGAAAUACACCUCCAAAAAGACAUCCAAGAGGAAGAGGGGACACAUCAAGAACAAGCUCUCCCUCAAGAAGGGCAAGAAAGUGAGCAAGAAGUCUUUAUAGAGCCCCCCCAACCCCCCCCCCACCCCCCCCCCCCCCCACCACCACCAGAGGCACAUUGAGAGGAGGAACAUCUAAAACCAAACUUUCAACAAAAACAAGCAGCAACAGUAAUCCACCAACAAGAUGAAUGAGGAACACCGUCACCCCAGGCUCCUGAUGUUUCCAUCAGCUGAGAGAAUGUGUUGACCCCCAGCUGACCUUUGACCUGAUAAGUGGGGUCAAAGUGCAGAAAAUGGGAUAUUCUACCCACACUGGUUUUAACCUGAGGAACCUUUAACUGGCUUUUCUUUUUGUACUUGAAUGUGAUGAGACAGAGAGCUGUCCUCAUUCCGGGGAGCCUGCAGAAACACACCUCUGUUCUCCCACGGCCCCCACCCAGAGCUGCUCAAAGGGAGGCCCAGCCAUCCAAGCAGGAAUGGAAGUGUUUGCUCUUGGAAAUGGAGUAUUCAAAUGUUCAUAGAUAUUCUAUUUCAUGCAAAGGAGAGAAACCCAAAUGCACCACCCUGCUUCUUGAGUUUUGCCUUUCGGAGAUUGAGUUUGUGCUCAGAUGCUUUUGGAAAGUUGAGGUGGUGGAACAUAUACAGCAGUAUGUUUUUAUGCGUUUCAUUCAAACCAAUUAUUAAUAAGAGUAUGCAUGUACACAUAUGUGCCAACAUGAAAAGGCCAUUACUACUCAUACGGCCUCGUCCUGCUGCGCUGUCUUCAGCGUUUCCAUCAGGAAAGAUAACAUCCUUUAUAUGGCUCCAGAUCCACGUGCUCUUACAUUUCCCACAAUUCAGGCUUGCUGCUUUUAAACUAUUAUUUGUUCAGACUUUGGAAGCUCCUCCUAGCAACAGAAGACGUCAUAAUAUCUAACAGUCCAAAGCUCAUGUUUCUUUCCCUUCAGACCUUUGUUAGUAAUGCCCAGAGCUCAGCAAUGAGCUAAGUAAUACAACCUUACUUUAGAUGAUAGAAAUGACUUCUCAAGCUAUGAAUCCACUCAACCAGAAAAAUCCUUUAAACUGUGUGUGAUUGUGAAAGCUGUGUGUUACUGUAAUCUGUAUCAUUCACACACUGAGCUCAGGACAGAGCUCAGUGUCGGACCUUUUUAAGAUGCUCUCUGGAGGCCAGCCAUGUACCCAGGUUUACAUUUGAUUGGUUAAUGAUGAUUAAUCAAAGACUCAGUCAAAUGAACACAUCUCAAUGUGUAGGCAGGGCAUGUUACAUCCUUCAAUACUACAGCAAUGGCAUGUCCACAAGAGUGCAUGAAUGUUGAGAUGCGUGGCAGUAGUGUGUGUGUGUGUGUGUGUGUGUGUGCAGUCUGUUAGAAUGGUGUUUUCAAUGAUCACUGGCUGCAGGUUUAUAAGGUAUAUGCAGUAACUACAUGUGAGUGUAAACAGAUCAUUUCAGUCUCUACCACUUUGUGUUGCUAGUAGAAUAUGCUAGCAGGGGUUCAUGUCCUGCCUGCCAGUGUGAUCAUUAAACACAUUUGGAAUGAAGCACUCAAAUGUCAAACCGCUGGAAAUCUAUCGGUGCCUAGGAGCAUUUCAAACACUAUGAAUGGAGAGCUCAUGUCAACUCCUCGAGCCAUACUGUUGUCUGCAGGACUGUCAGUCUGUCACAUUCCCUCCAUGUCUGUCUUUGAUCCACCCCCCUUCCCAGGCGCAGUAUCCGCUUCAGACAUGCUUCACUAACACUGAGCGUUUCCUCCUGAAUCUGGAGAAACAGGCUCUAAAGUGCUCCGAGGUUUCCACACAGACGGUGGACACUCUUAUUCUUUGUUAUUGGCUGAAUGGCCACUGUUUGAUCUUUAUUUCUGUCAUGCAAUCAGUUUGACCAUUUCUCAGAAUAACCAAUGAAUUUAGAUUUGAGUGAGGUUUUUGCCCUAUGAUUUAAUACUUGUUUCUUGAAGACAUCACAAGAAGCAAAUGACUCCUGCUUGAGCUGAUUUUGAUUCUGUUGUGGUGUUUUGUCACAAGAACACCGUCUUCAAUAAACCCAGGUGGAGAGGAUCACAUUGACCUGAACAGAAACAAGUCUCUUAUUCCCAGAGCUCUAGUCAGUGAGCUUAUUUAUUUCAUGGACGCUGGAGUCAGAUGACCGAAGCUGGGCAGCGUCCUGUCAGGAAAUGCAAGGAUUUGUUCAGCUUUGAUUUUCUAAGUCAAGGUUUCUUCCUUCAAUUGUAAUGUAGAUGCAGGUGUGAGAAUGAAACAUGCCUUUUCAAAUAAAGAGGUUGAAAUAA